AUGGGAGAUUCCUCAACGAAAAAGAUUGAAGAGUGGAACAAUGAGUAAGUUCAACACAUUUUAGGUUAUAGAAACUCGAGCAGAAUAUUGAACAACACUUUGGAAUACAUUUUCCAAAUUAUAGGCCAUUAUUCGAAUAUUUUGAUUUUGAAAAUGUGCUAGGUGCCAAAACUGAUAAAUACAUUCGAUUUUUUAUAUAAAAAAUGUUUUUUUCAGUUGGAAAUGCCAAAUUCAAUCAAAACAUGAAAAGGCGUUGAUUAUUGAUCAAUUAUUGGAGACAUAUGCAGAUUUUCGAAAAUCGAACGUUGGGUUUGGAGGCAAUACAUUGCAAAUAAAGUUUGUGAGUUUUUUCUGGAAAAAAUGAUUGGGGACUCGGGUGAAAUCAACUCCAAUUUUCAAAGAAAUUUUUGGAAAAACAAUUUUUUUGCCACAGAAAAAUUUUGUGAAAUUGGCUUCGAAAUCAUUGAAUCUCAACUAAAUUGUUAAAUUUUUGAUCCGAAUCACUACGAAAAUAAAAAAAAACUAGAGGUUUUUUAUUUUCUGAAUGCAUUGAGAAUUGUUUGAAGCGAGUUUUAGUCGUUGUUUAGAGCCCAUCUCAAGUAAUUUUCCCCUUCUUUUCAGCAGAAAUAGUCAUUAUACAUAUUUAUUUUUACAGAAAUUCAAGGUUGACUUCCAUCGAUUCACAACAGAAAACGUUGACUUUAUGCAUGCCGACGAACUGGAUCUCAAAAUUAGCCACAUUAAUCCCGCCCUCGGUGAAAUGCAAAUCAAAGACCACUUAAGUCAAAAGUGGAUGAUUCAAACAGUUAGAAAACUACGAAACUCAACCACUGCUUAUGUAACUUUCGAAUCAGCAUUUGAUCUUGUUGAAGCGAACAACUUUUUCAAUCUGAACUAUGUGUUCUUCUUUGGGUUAGUUUUUGGUGUUUUCAAUUUUGUUUCAAAAUCAUGAUUUAGAAAGUAUAUUCUUCCAACAAGAUCCGAAAUUGUGAAGGAAGAAGCAGUUUCAAAUAAUUCAAUCGACUGCAAGUAAGUUUUUAUGUUUACCUAUAGCUUGUAAAUUUAUACUAUCAUUUUAAUAUUAAAUAAUUUUGUGAUGUGAAUUAUUACAGAAUCAUUGUAUUAGGCGAUGAAGAGGAGGAUUAUAAAAUGGAGAUUGAAGUUUUGUUGAAUUUGCACAAAGAAAAAGAAUUGCGAAAACGAAAAAUGUUGGAGAGCAUCGAGCAGGAAUAUGAUGCGAAAUUGAAGGAAUUGAAUGAGCGCAGUGAAAAGAGAAAGAAAACUGGAGAUCUGAUGAGUAGUGAGUCAUUAUGGGGUGCAGGGUUGCUCAAUUGGAAUUGAGCCCAAAUGGAAAAUGUGAAAAAUAUAGGAAUCACUUGAAACUCGAAGUCGAAUUUUGGAUCUCAAAAUUCAAAAAAAAAAAAAAUAUCAGGAAAUUUUUUGGUUCUUUCUUAUAGUAUUUUUUGGAAACUUUUGUGAUUCAUUAUUGAAUAGGGAACAAACACCACUUGAGAAGCCCUUUUCUAGCCGUCCUAACUUUUAUUCGAUUUAUCGAAGUUGUAAUUAAUUGGAAAUAUUUUUUACAGAAAUAGAUAAUAAACUUGAGAAGAUGAUAAAAGACGCGGAAGAUGGUAAACUUCAAACGAUGAGAAAAGACUCGGAAGAAGUGAAAAAAUUCACAAAGGAUAUCAUCGCCAUUCUCAAAGUUUGA